UGCCAGGGGGGAAAAGAGCUAGGAAAGAGCUGCAAAGCCGAGUGGGCUUUUUCCUUUUUUUUUUUUUUUCUUUUUCUUUUCUUCUUUUUCCUCCCCUCCUUUUAUUGCCCCCUCCAUUUCCACCCUUCUCCCGACUUCACGCACAACCUGCGAAUUUCGAAGAGGUGGUGGCAGAGUGGGAGAAAAAGAGGUGUUAGAGUUUGGGUUUGGUGUGGGGGGGCUUUUUUCCCCCUUGAUUUCAGCCUUUUCUCCCACCCUUUCGGCUGCCGCCAACGUCUUUUACCUGUUCGUUGGCAGCCGCACGCCCCUGGGUUAGAAAGGAGUGGGGUGUGUUUUAGAUUUUAAGCAAAAUUUUAGAAGACAAAUCCAUUUUUCUCCCCCCCCCCCGCCCCAUCCACCCUCUUCUUCACAGCCUCCGAGCUCAUUAUUUCGGUGGUUGCUUUAGGGUGAGCAAUUGUGUGACUUUUCCCUCUUGCAAUUCUGACCGGGUCCUUCUGGGGGGGUUCUCUAGCCUCCGUGCACUCUGCGUGCACCUGGCGCGACUCCUUUUCCCCCCUACCUGUUGCAAGUCUUUAAUCUUUGCAACUGGGACUUGCUCGCAGGCACCUCGAUCCUCCUUCUCUCCCCACAUUUUGCAAGUGUCUGGGGGAGGGCAUCUGCUCUACCUGCCAAAGAUUUAAAAAAAAAAAAAAUCUCCGGACGCCCUCUUGGCACCUUUCUCUUCUCCCCGCACUCUCGCUCUCCUGCCCCGCCCCGAAGGGAGACUCUGAGAAGAUGGUGCUCACCACGGUCCUCCUGCUGCUGGCCGCCUAUGCGGGGCCGACCCAGGGCCUGGGCUCCUUCGUGCACUGUGAGCCCUGCGACGAGAAAUCUCUCUCCAUGUGCCCCCCCAGCCCCCUGGGCUGUGAGCUGGUCAAGGAACCAGGCUGCGGCUGCUGCAUGACUUGCGCCCUGGCGGAGGGGCAGUCGUGCGGCGUCUACACUGAGCGCUGCGCCCAAGGGUUGCGCUGCCUCCCCCGGCAAGACGAGGAGAAGCCGCUGCACGCCCUGCUGCACGGCCGCGGGGUUUGCCUCAACGAAAAGAGCUACCGCGAGCAAGCCAAGAUCGAGAGAGACUCUCGUGAGCAUGAGGAGCCCACCACCUCCGAGAUGGCCGAGGAGACCUACUCCCCCAAGAUCUUCCGACCCAAACACACCCGCAUCUCCGAGCUGAAGGCCGAGGCAGUGAAGAAGGACCGCAGGAAGAAGCUGACCCAGUCCAAGUUCGUCGGGGGAGCCGAGAACACCGCCCACCCCCGGGUCAUGGCUGCCCCUGAGAUGAGGCAGGAAUCGGAGCAGGGCCCCUGCCGCAGACACAUGGAGGCCUCCCUGCAGGAGCUGAAAGCCAGCCCACGCAUGGUGCCCCGGGCCGUGUACCUGCCCAACUGUGACCGCAAAGGGUUCUACAAGAGGAAGCAGUGCAAGCCUUCCCGUGGCCGCAAACGCGGCAUCUGCUGGUGCGUGGACAAGUACGGGAUGAAGCUGCCGGGCAUGGAGUACGUGGACGGCGACUUCCAGUGCCACGCCUUCGACAGCAGCAACAUCGAGUGAUGCGUCCCUUCCCCGUCCAUCCUUCCCUGGUCCCCUCCCACCCCCAGCCCUGACUCCGGCCAGCGCCUCCCUCCACCCCAGGACGCCACUCAUUUCAUCUCAUUUAAGGGAAAAAAAAUAUAUAUAUAUAUAUAUACUUUUUUUUGAGGAAACUGAGGACCUCGGAAUCUCUAGCAAGGGCUCAACGUUGGAAACGGCAACCACAGAGAUGGAAAAAGAUAAGGAGAUCCCCCCACCCCGAAAAUGGUUUUCUUUUUGAGGCAAGUUGAAUGGACAGAAAAGGAAUGAGAGGAAGAACAAGACAGAAAGAAGGGAAGGGAGUGUUUGCGUAGAGGAGCUGGAAGACAGAGGGUUAGGAAAAGGAAGAGAGARCAAGCUGGGCAGGAAGGAGGGACCAGGAACCAGGGCUUCAUGCAGCUCUGACCUGGGCUCCGAGAAGUUGGAGUGCUAGGUGUGGCCUGAGACAUGACAUCAGUGACAUCAGUGACCCCCUUGGAGUUUGGAUUGGUCAGUGCCUCUCAGGUCUGUCUCCUCCUCUCUUCUCACCCCCCGGGGGAGCCUAGUCUCUCCCCCUAGACUCAGAAGAUGAAGAUGCCUUCCAUGACCCUGAAAACAAGGCAAAAUCGUAACCAAGUGAUAUUCGAUAGGUUUCCCUAAGGCGAUUCAUAAAUAGGAAUUCUGUGUGCACAUUUCACUCCUUGUGCAGAUUUUUAAAAAUCAACACACACCCCCACGUGGGAAAGAAUYGUUCUUCCGGGGUGACUCAAGAUGAGCCGAAACAUGGGUCUCCGCCCCUUGUUUUUGUUGUUGUUUUUCAAUUAGCAACUAGCGCAGCAGCCUCUGUGGAGGAGGACAGGCUGGGGACAAAGUGGGCUUGUAUUUAUCUACAAGGCUCCGUAUAGUCAUAUAUAGGCAUAUAAAUCUUUUUUUUUUUUUUUUCGUAUUUCUUUCUUCCUCUCUUUCAAGGGUUUGCAUUAUCUCUUCAAAGUAGUUCCUAUGGGGCACUGAGGAGCUUCCUCAUUCUGGGAAAACCAGGAAAAUCCAUAUUCUCCUAAUACCACCCAUAACACUAGCUUUGCCUGCCUCUGGUCAKUGGUUUCCCAUGAGCCACUAGCUCAGCUCUUCAUGGGGCACCGUACUGGAGGUCUGAAUGAUUUCCUGCAUGUAUUCACGGGGACCCACCAGCCAGGUGCUGCCAGCACCCAAUGGUGCACACACUCUGCUGCCCAGCCCACCUCGUCGCAGCGUACAAACCUUCAGGUGUGGUCUCUGGACACCACACCAAACGAGCCCAGCUCAGGUCCAAGUUUGACCUGCUGGUCCUGCCCAGCCUUUUCCCUGGCACCUGGGCAGAACUGCAUUUUGAAAGCCUCCCUCCGUCUGCCUGCUGGCACAGCCAGAGAGAGACCGACGUGAGAGAGGGCAAGAGGGAGAAGUUGGAGUGAGGUUUCGGUAGAGGAAGACAGGAGCUGGAGUGGAGAGACAGGGCCAAGCAACAGAGCAGGGAGGCCAGCAGAACUUCCCUUGGCUUCCCCACCUUACAAGCCUUCUGGAAUUCAAGAGGAAGAAGGGAGGAAAAUGGGGGAAGAGGCUAUGAGAUAGAAAUGAGCCCAAGCCAGGCCAAAGAGCCAGGGAAGGUGACUAAUGUUAGGUGGGUUUUAGACCCCAGAAGCUGGGUGGGAACAAGGAUYAGUAGACUGGCCACRCAAUGCAAGGGACAAGACGAUGUGCUCAGGUGUCCCACCUUCAGCCCACCAGGAGGGACUGUCAGAGAGUCUUUCAAGACCUUUGUCCAUCCCGGCCAGUCAGUGUGUCCUCUCUGGAAUGGAGGACAGGAAGAAGACCUGGGACAAUCUGGGAAUUGAUGCUGUCAUCUCUCAGCCAAAUUCUGAUCCAAGAAAAUCCCAUUCUCCACUGACUUCCUCAACAAAGGGGUAGCCUUGUGACUGGCCUCUAAACCUAAAGGUCACCUGCCAGGAAAAGGGGCUUGGACACUGGUAAAGGAGACCCUUUUUUGCUGUGGACACAGCUCUCUGCCCUCUUUCCUGAAGGCACGGCACGCCAAACGUGGGACAACAAAGAGGGACUGAGAAGAAGCCAAUAUGUUCCAGCUGAUGGCAGACCCAUUGCUAUGGAGCUUGGGGAGUGUCCCCCACUCCCCAGACAGGACAGUUGGCUGGGGAUGAGAAAGGUGGUCGGUCUUCACAAGACAAAGGGCCCGAUGGGGAUGGCAGCCGUGAGGACUUAUUGGACCUUCCCGGACAGCGCACCCCCAUCUCUCUGCACAACUGUCCCCAAACCCCCAAAUCACACUUCUCUGUAUCUUAGGCCAGUAUCCUAAAGCUUUUCCAUGUCCCUUCUGCCAUUCUUUGGAUCUUCAAUCGUCAUCUAGCUGGGAUCUGCCAAGGAGAUCCUGGGGUGCCAUCUCCUCUAAGAAAAGACUGAGCCAGGAACUGCGUMCCCCGCCCCAUGCCUGCACCUGAUUCCUGAGAGAGCCUCUGUCUUUACCCCACUGUUUGCUGGACCUGGAUCGGGCUUCUGCCACUUACUUGUGAGAGUUCAUUGCUGUCAGCUACAGCAAAAGUGCUGGGGGCGAUGGCCGAGUUUAACACCAGUGCCGGUCACCUCAGGUCUCCUAAGUUCCCACCUGCUGAGCCAAACUGCAAGCUUCCUGGUCUGCAGGGGUGCAUCUGGGCAGCUGGGCUCUCCCGAAAGGAAGCUGGACUUGCAUGGACAGAUGGAACUAAAUCUCCCAAAUGGGAUGUGUGRCCAAGCCCAGGUGAAGCCCAGAAAUGAAGUCACUGAGGGCAGAGGAACCAUCUAUCCCUUACCAAUGGAGUGGGAAGGCAGGUUUGCCAUGGUGGGAAGUCCUGAGCCCCAGCSGGCCUUUGGCCACUCUUAGUUCCCCUCGAGGCCUUAGUCUCGGGGUUAUCUGUGGCCCAGGUCUAAGUUUUGCCUGCCCCCAGCCCACUCCCACAAGCCUGUCCCCUGGCCCUUUGACUCAUGCUUCACUCCAGUAGUGGAGAAGAUACCUCUGUCUUCCCCCACGAUCGCCAGGUAACUGAGGGGUGCCUGGCCAAGACUGAUUCUCCUCCCCCAGCCCGCCCUGACUCACCCCGCCAAGUAGGGCACCUGGGGAGGAAGGGAUCAAUGUUUCUCAGACAGCCAGGCCGAGGCAGACAGGCCUGGGGACACCAGCCCCACACUGGGAGGAAGGGAGGCCCAGGAGGCCCUGUGUGGCCCCUCCUCUUCUCCUCACCCCCUCUUCCCAUCACCCCCUCUUGUCUCCAUGGUAACCCUGCAGUUUAACCUCCUCUGGGGGAGGUGAACCUCAGCCACCCUUCUCCCACCACCAGUUCCUUAGCAGAGACGGGGCUGCCAUGGCAACUGCCUGGCCCCUGGGGCAGGGCAGCCCCCCAUCUCCAUCCAUCCACUCAGACCCCUAAAGGGCUCCAGUUCAGAAUGGGGACUUGAGAGAGGAGUGGCCCCAGAAGAAGAGACCCUCUGGUCUCCGAGGAACCUUUGGCCUUCVGAGAAAACGAGGCCAAGUUUUGAAACAAGGGGAGAAGGGAACAGGGUUUGACCAACCGCAACCUGGGUGUCGUACUGUCUUUAUUUUUAAAAACCACUAAAGUGCAAGAAMUAUUUUGCACUCUUUCUCCACCUUUUUCUCCCCUCUCUCUUAGGUUUUAUUUCUUUUUUUAAACAUCCUUUCUUGGGUUUCGAAUGGAGUUUAUAGUUCYGCCAUUUCACAGACUCUGGCCUCCACUCCUCAGAUCUUUCCAGAUGGGGAAGGGAAGGCKGGAGGGACAGAGGAGAAGGGGGUCCCCAGCCACCCUGUGCUCGUUCACCCCACUUCUCUGGUCCCUGGUCACCCGCCUCAGCCCCAUCUCCACCAUCACCACCGUCACACAGUAGCCCACAYGGAUAGCACAGUUGUCAGACAAGAUUCCUUCAGAUUCCGAGUUGCCUACCGGUUGUUUUGGUUUUUUUUUUUUUUAGGACAGCAAUAAACCACAGCAUAUUACUGUAGUUCUUUAUAGUGUUACAUACCAUAGACAUACCAUAGCUCUGUUCUCUCUCAUUUGUUUUCAACUUUUUUAAGAAAGAAAGAAAUAAAUGCUCAUAAU